AUGCCCGUCACGGAUGUGCCCUCGGUCAAGCUCUACAAGCCGCUUAUCGAAACCCAUAUACAUCUCUUAAGUGAGGCGCUACAAGACACCGAUGCUGACUCUCCAGUCGUCGAAACCGACUGCGUCGAUCUCCUCAACGAAAUCCGUACCAUCCGAAGCCAAGGCGACGCCGCUGAUUCACCUCAGCUGCAUAAUGCCGUGGUUGAGACCGUGUUUCGCGAGAUCUUUGUGAACAUUGUCGCGACUGUUGACAUUUCCGAACCAGCUUUCGCCCAGGUCUGGGUGUUACUCGACAUCAUAACGGUGCUUUCGGACAACGACCUCUGCGAACCGGGCUUAGGCUUCUGGCUCAUUGAAGAGCUGCUGGACAGCCAGACCAUUGAUGGGUGCAGAAGAGUGUUUGACUAUCUCGAUUCUCGUAGGGAGAGGAUUACGGCCAAAAACUUCAAACACAAGAGUUUGGUGAUACUGAGAUGUUGCAACGAGCUGUUACGACGACUGUCGCGCGCAGAGGACACCGUUUUCUGCGGCCGGGUCUUCAUUUUCCUGUUUCAAAGUUUUCCCUUGGGCGAUAAGAGCUCGGUCAACCUGCGAGGAGAGUUCCACAUUGAGAAUGUCACCACCUUCGACCCCUCGCCGAAGAAGUCGGAAGAUGCAAUCAAACCGAUGGAAUUAGACGCGGGAACCGGAACACCGCAAGUGACAUCUGGAGCUCAGACACCCGCGUCAGGCAGUCAAAUACAGGAUCAGGAGUCGACGUCCAAGACGGCAAGAGGCACACCGGUCCCCAGACCGGUAAAAGUUGAAGCCCAAGAGCAACCGCAACCACCACCUGACUUGGAUGCUCUGUAUCCAAAAUUCUGGUCCCUUCAAUCCUUGUUCUCCUCACCGAUCAAGCUCUUCGACUCUUCCAACAUGGCUUUGUUCAGAGAAGGCAUGGCCUCGACUCUCUCAUGCUUCAAAUCCGUCUCCCACGCUUCGGCACCCAGCACGGCGCCGUCAGACGUGAGGCGCGGUCUCAAACGCAAGCGUACCGACAUCGAAUCCGAAACAGACAACAGAUCCCACCCAGCCUCGACAUUCAACCCUAAAUACCUGACCAACCGAGAUCUCUUCGACCUGGAAAUCCACGACAUCGACUUCCGGCGUCACAUCCUGGUCCAGGCAUUGAUCAUGAUUGACUUUCUGCUCAGCCUCACUCCUACUGCGAAAGCAAAAUUCGAAGGCUUGACGAAUAAGUCUGUGUUAUACGCCUAUACUCUAUCUGACGAAGACACGAAAUGGGCACAAUCCACCCGCGCCGCGAUCGCAAGCUACUUGCAGCAGGGCAACGGCAACGAAGGCAAAUUCUAUUAUCGGAUGGUUGAUACAGUGCUGUCGCGAGAUAAGAACUGGGUGCGAUGGAAAGCUGAGAACUGCCCUUCGAUCUCGCGCGAGCCCGUCCCUCCGCCGGCUUACCUCCAGGCAAACGAGGCGCUGAUGAAGGCGACGAAGGCGCACAAGGCUCCUCUCCCUAGUCCUCCAGGAGCAGGGGAUCUCGCGUUUCUGUCAAAGACCGAGCCGUUAGAAGCUCUCAAGCGGCCGUCGGCCCGACACAAGAUCCCUUCGCUGGAGGAGUAUUACCGGGCCAUUGAGACGGACGAUCUGGACAUGGAUUUCGCCGCGACGGAGGAGGAAAAGAGUGAAAUCGAGGAGCGCAAGUCUGGCAAAUUGUGGAGGGCUCUACGGUCAAGUGAUCGGAGAUUUGCGCUGUGUGAAAAGGUCCAGUACGGCGGAGAUCUCAAGGCGCUGGUGAACGGGGACAUGGAGGUAGAGGAGAAAGCAGAAGAAGAGAAGGCAGAAGAGUAUAAAGCAGAAGAGGAGAAACUGGGAGAGAAUGGUACCGAAGAGGCGGAAGAGCCGAAGGUUGAAGCGACUGUCGAAAGCGGAGUGCAGCAGCAGGACGUCCAACAACAUGAUCUCGAGACUGAAGACCAGACCCAAGUCAAGGAAGAGCCCAACUCGGCGGCACCCGAGGAUACCAAGGAGUCUAGCAGCCAGGGUCAGGACGAGGGAAACCCCUCUGGCCCGACGCCAGACGCCGAGAUGACCGAUGUCGUGGAUGUGGGCGCAGAGACCGAGAAGGGCGCGACUGCCGAUGGAGACCGGGAGUCUGGUGAGACAGAGUAA